AUUCGUAUUCCUUUCUUCCAUUACAUCUCUCUUUCUCUCUUCAUCGCUCAAUCUCAUCUCCUCCAUUUCCGUUCUCUCCUCUGUUUCGGCUUUUCUCCGUCUCCGAUCCCUGUUGGUAGAUCUCCUCUUCCUCAAGAGCCUCUUUCUGAUAUACUCCUGUUUUUGUGGUGAGCAGUACGCUGUUCAGGACGUUGACGAACGGUCCAUAAAGAGGUAAAGAUGAGUAGCAAAGAAUCAAAGAGUGGCCGUGGGCGCCAUGUGAAAUGGGAUGAAAGUAAUAUUGGUCAAAUUGAAGCAAAUAAACCUGUGAGACAGAAAAUUACCGAACCUAAGACGCCUUAUCAUCCCAUGAUUGAUGAUGAUGAUUCUCUAUCUCCUGUGCGGGACAGAUUUGACAUGUGUGUUGGUGAUGCAAUGCAUGCGGAAGCCAUUCGAACUGCAUUGAAUGAUGUGGCUUCCUCAAGUGGUAAAAGCAGCCAGCGAUCUAGUGGUUGGACAUCUUCUGAGGAUGAAGCAGAUGCCAUGGACCAAGAUGAUGAAGACAAGGCAAAUUUGAGCUUUAAGGAACACAGAAGAGCACACUACGAUGAAUUUAGGAAAAUUAGAGAACUCCGAAGGAAUGGGUCGAUUUUAGUGGACGAAGACGAUGAAGACGAUGUCGAGAUGGAUAUGAUGGGGAAAGGUGUGAGGGAUAUUGAUAUUGAGAAAAAGAAUAAAGGUAAUUUCUCUCAACAAUCACCUCCACCAGCCAAUGGAGUUGGAGGUUGAUUUAAGGGAGAAGGCAAAAACAUCCCACUGACUGAGACCCAUUUGAUAAGAAAUUGUUUUGGGUGCUAAAUUUCCAGUCUUCUUUUUAUUAUAUUUCUUUUUGCUAUGUGUACUCUGUACUUGUAAAUAACUUCAUUUCUUUGUCCAUCUCAAAUGUGGCAAGAGUAUAUGAUACACCUGACUUCUUUUUCUUUUCUUUUUUUUUUUUUGGUUUAAUUGGCCAUUUCCUCUGGAACUUCAAGCAGAAAAUUUUCAUGA